GACACGCCCACAAUCUCUCGUUCAGUGCCGAGCUCUGUCCGUACGUGUCGACGAAAUUUCAAAGAAAAAUUUGUACACAAAUCUGUCACAAUUCGGACCAACUUUAGCCUCAGAUUAACAGAUAUUUAGAUCUCUUUGGAACACUAAAAGUCAUUCACUUGGGGUUUUUUAAUAUGCUGAUUCAGAUUAUACACAUUCACUCAGUUCACUAACAGUGACUGAUCUUGGAGAUCUGAAUUUUGAAGCAUCAUGGGACCCGUUGGAAAACUACACUGGCAUGUACAAUCUAAGCAUUCCAGGAAAGAAAAACCUUUGUUCCACCAAUGAUACAAGUUGUUUCCUUGGAGGACGAUUAUUGGAAGAUGAAAAAUGUCCUUUCAAAGGUUGGCUAUAUGUUGUACUAGAAGCAGCCGGACAAGAAACAAACUUUUGGUUUUCUGACCCAACCUACCGAGUUGGGCCACCGACUAUCCAGUCUACCGGUACAUACAUCGACUCCACCAACAUAACUAUUGUGAUACGAGGUGGUCAAACGCCACUGUAUUAUGAUGAUCGGGAGCUCAAAUGUCAAGGAGAAUCGUGGGAAGGGGACAAAAGACCAAUCUUCAUGGGUAUGCGCGAAGCAAAAGAUGGUGUCAAUUGCAGUUAUAAUCUGACCAAUGAUGACGGAUCAAAAGCCAAGCACGAUAAAAAGAAUUUCUUUAAACAGCUCGGUGGUUCGGAUGGAAAACUAAGUCUCUUCCUCCACAGACUCAAACCAUUUUCCAACUACAGCAUCGCAAUAUGGUGCGAGCUGAACAAACGCACAAGCCAAAGUACAGUGUAUAAUUUCACAACUAAAGAGGAUGUUCCUUCGAGUGGCCCGACUAUUGUGAAAAGAAGUUCUAGUGGACUAGGAUGUGACAACCCGGACAUGAGGAAUAUCACUUUCACCAUCCAGCCUCCGCCAGAGGAUGACCGCCAUGGAAUACUCCUGUACUACGACAUCUGCUACCGAGCUGUCUCCAGCAACCAAGAUGAAAAGUGGAACUGCGAGGUCCUGGAACUCCCGUCUCCUCCUCCGGACUUCAAGGAAGUAACCAAAGAGAAUAUCUCACGGUGGGAUGCUUACGAGGUCAAGGUCUUUGCUAAUAACUCUGUGGGCGGCAGGUCUAGCUCGGUUUACCAGUUUGAGGUCUUGAAGGCCAAGCAAGCGGAGUCAAGGCCCGUGAACCUGACCACUACAGAACUGAAGCACGGUGUCUGGCUCUUGAACUGGGAUCACCCGUGGUCUGUUCACACCCGUGAUUGUAUCGUAUACUAUGAAGUAUCGGCCGAGGAAAAGCCAUUGGGUACGACAAACGCCACAUCCUUCCUUCUUGAUACCAGAGUAACCGGCCCUGUGUACGCUGCCACCAUUACGCCAAUGAUACACAAUGGGAGUGCGCCACCGUUCAAAGGGUUACAAGUUUCAACAGAGGUGAUGUCCAGUAAGACCCCUAGAGUUCUGAUCAUCGUCCUUUCGGUGUUGCUCUCGAUCUUCAUCCUCAUGUUGAUAGGAUGUGCCUAUCUCUGUGUUCAGCAUGGACCACGAUGGACGCAGUCAUUUGAUAUCAGCAAUAAUUCAGUUCUUAAAACAGCCUUUGCCAUGGGAGAUGUUCGUCCAAGGAUUCCAGAGACAGAAGAAUUUGAUUCCAUAGUAGGUGUCCCCCCUCCUCCUCCUCCUUUCGAUGACGACGAUGGUGAGGAUGGCGAUGACGAGAUGGAGACUGUGGCCUUCAUCGAGACACCUCCUGCCGGCAGGGCUGGUGGAGAUGCAGUACCGCGCCCACCCAUCCCAGAUCAAUCUCCGCCUCUAUCAUCAGAGGGCUCCCUCUCGGAGGAAUGCAAUCCUAUGGUUGCCAUGGAAAUGGACGAGGGAGAGGAACCCGCUUCAUCCGCCUCGUUAUCGUGCCGAAUAGAUGGCGGAUCCAGGGAGGUUGUAGCGGGAUUGCUGCAGCGCUGCGGUAACAGUAUGGACACCAGCUGCAGUGAGGACAGCUUUAUAGAGCCGCCUCCUCGGCACCCUUCCCCCACAGACUCUGGCUAUGUGCAGUCUCCUCCUCCUGUGAUGCAGCAGACCAGUUACCAAACCAAGCCUGCAGGAGACGACGGCUACUUCAGGUUUGAUGCCUUCACAAACAAUCCCGGCACGGUCUUGAUAGGUAACGGUAAGCAUAACCCUGGUGACGUUGACAACAACAGAAACUGCAAUGCCAUGGUGAUGUCGUCUAAGCCUAAGUAUACAGACAGUGGAUACGUGGCGGGGACGUGUACUCCCGCUCCCUCUUCUUCAAUGUAUCCAGAGACGACGCCCUUCCCUGACAAGCUUAUGAUGCUGAAAGCCAUCGGGAAGCAGCCAUCCUUCGACUCUGAUGACAUGGCUACCUCGGGUAGUCUGUCCCCAUCGGACUCAGAAACAGGCGAUGGAGUGGGGUCGUACACCAAGCUCUCGCACCCGAACACCCCCUUAUCACCAAGAAACAAUGCUUUGCCGGGGGAUACCGUUUGGGAUUUGGAAAAAGAUCUAAUUUCUAUUCAGGAUCUUCUGCAUCAGCUUAAUGAUCAAGUGCAGCAUCCUGGUCUAUCUAAUGUUGGUUAAAUCUUGUUCUAAUGUUAGAUAACUCUUGUUUAUAUACAUGUAUAAACCGGUGUGUUGGCUCAGUUGGUAGAGCAUCCGUCUCAACGGGGAGGUCGGGAGUUCAAACCCGGCCGCGUCAACCCAAAAGACGUUAAAAGAUGGGAGUUGCUGCUAUCCUGUUUGGCGUUCAACGAUUAAAGGGAUAUAGCCUCGUCGAUCUGGCACUGCACAGCGGCUGCCGGGCUCACGGUCAGUUGGGCAAAGCAAAUUUUCAGAGUAUUUCAUUUCAUGUCUAUUUCCAACAAUAAAAUAUUGAUUUUAUGGAAAUAUGGAAAGGCUGCUUGAGCUACAGCCGUGGUAAUAAUAUCCAAGUCCUUUGGAAACGCAUAGAGACGUUAGUCAUAAUGUGUUAUGCGCUAUACAAGAAUUGACUAUUAUUUUCAUCAUUCAUCAUGUAAAUAUUUUUUUCAUGGCAGAAUUUUCAUUACUUUGUUUGCUACAUGGAUAUUCAAUUAUAAUUCUUUUAUGCCUUUGCUAUAUUUAUUUCUUUAUCUUAAAAUGUCCAAGUCUAGAAUGGCAAGUAUUCCUUUUCUUUAUCGAAAAUUCUUUUUCAUAGUUUGACCUUGCAAUACCUAAUAUGAUAGAUGGCAAUGUUUAGCAAAAGUUUGCAAUAUUUGACACCAUAUAAAAUCUAUAAAAUCUAUAAAAGAUGUAUGUAAAGUAAGUAGUAAUGUAGAUGAUUUGAUUUUCAAGUACAUUUUUCCUAAACCAUGUAAGAAAUUGAAAUGUAGUUGAAAUAAAGUAUUAAUACCAUAGAUAAAAGAUUGUAGUUGUAGAUUAAGCAUACACGUGGGUACCUAUAUUUUCACAUGCUAAUAUAGCUUAUUCACCUAGCCUGAAUAAUUUUUGAAGAGCUGAUUUCCAUCAGAAAUAUAAAAACAAUCACUUUUAAUCUAUAUGACUUUCACACCAUAGCAAAAUUUUGUUUUUAUUUCAUACAUAUCAACACUCCUGGCAACAUUAAUAUCCAGUUCACAACUCGACAUUAUAGUUAAACAAAAGUGGAAUCGACAUAUCAUUUUUGCCUGGCAAUAGGAGACUCUUCUGAUAGAAAUCUUGGACAAGUUUGAAGGCCAGGUGCAGUGAUUUCUUACUUACAGGAAAAAUUCAAUUAACAGGCAAGUCUGCCUCAUUCCAUUGUGUGGGGACUUAAAAUAAUAUUAUUCAACUUUGGUGAAAGUCAACUUAGAAGAUGUAAUUAUAUAUGCUUUGCAAAAUGGCCUUAAAACCCACUUCAACGUGGAAAAGGUUGACUUAUGCAGACUUAUUGGAAAUCUUUCCCACAUUAACUCAAUCAAGUAGUAAAUGGUAAAUAGUAAUUUUUAGACAUAAUUUUCUCAAUAUACUUUUUGUUGUUGUUUCCAUGUACAUGUAGAACGUGCAGCAAUGUCCGCUUUGAAAAAUCUUUGCAAUGUUUUUUAAAAUUUGUGAAAAUAGUUUUUAAAAAAAAGUUAUCUUAGUACAUCAUUUAGGUUAGAAUAUUUAUCACAAGCAAUUUAUCAAUAGGAUGAAUUAAUUUACUAACAAAACUUAUGCAUGUAAUUCAACACAGGGUAAUUCAAUAUUUCAGUACUCGAUGGGGAAUGUUGCUAUUAUUAAAAAUUGGAGGUGGAGUGACGAUUUUGAGUCCUCUUUUUUGGACAUAUUAAUAUUGAUGUAUUACCAAAGAAUUGCCAAUUUAGUUUGCCUUAUGAAUUAAGAUUUCUUUGAAUUUCUGCUGUUUCCUCACAAACUUCAAUUUUCGUUUUUGUGACUUUAAUUCAUCCCUUACAAAACAAAAAUUGAAAUACGCUUUCACUAAUACAAUCUUGUUUGUCAUCAUGAUCGAUUCAUUAGUUUAAAUCGCUUUGGUAAUUUUGGGUGCCUUUGGAUAAAGUGGCCAGGAUAUUUAUUAUAUUAGGUUUUUGACUCAGGAUAAUGUAUGUUGUGAGAUGGUAUAUUUGAAAGAUUGACGUAACGGUGCUUGCCUUUUUUCGUAGUUUUCUUGUGUUGGUUGGAGUUUUAUAAAAGCCCAAUAGCUGUGCAACAUUGAUGUGCAAAUGAAGAAGGGUCAGUUCCAAUUGCACAUCUGGGCCCCGUCUUACAAAGGGUGAUGAUUGAUCCAAUCAAUCGCAACUCUUUGGAAAUCCAUCAGUGUCAUAAUUGUUUCUACAGGAAAUUUGCAAAAUGUCCUUUGUAAACGAAGGAGAACCGCCAAAUUGUCAAGAAAUCAAUGAAUUUAAUUCAUAUCUAGAAAUUGUUUUGAACAAACAUGCAUUUUAUAUGUUGACUUUGCUGGCUUUCCAUAGUUGUGAUUGAUCGUAUCAAUCGCAACUCUUUGUAAGACGGGCCACUGACUCCCUCUAUGUAGGAUUUCUCUUUGUUUUGAUGUACAAUGUAGUUCUUAUUAAAAUUACAAUGCCCUCAAAUGAUGAUGACUUGGACAGUUAAUGAAGUGAAAUAAGAAUGGGGGAAAUAUAGAGGUUGCAUAUAUACAAAUAGCUGGAGUCCAGUACUAAAUAAGAGACUUCAUAAGUUUAGAUUACAGAUAUUAUAUAACAAGUUUUGAUGCUUGUUCAGAAGCAGCAGGACAAACUCCGGUAUUGAUUUAGUGCACAUACAUUAUGAGUUUAACCCCCUCUCCGACGCUCCGUGCAGAAAGAUUUUGCCACAAUGCCACUCUUUUUCUUUUAAGUCUUACACAUAUUUUCCAACCAAAUUCGUAAUUCUAAUUUCAUGCAUGCAUUAUGCCUAAAUUGGUAUAAUCAAUAGAAUCUUAUUUUUUUUUUAAAUCAACCAUGCAAUUUUUCAUGCCAUGGACAACAUGUAUGCCAAUUUCUUUCAGGAUAGCACGGUCGACAACCGAGAUCAUGAGGUGGGAGGGGGGGGGGGGGUGGGGGGAGCUGGGAGGCCCCUCCCCGACUUUAUAAACUACCACAUUAACCCGACCAAGUGAGGUUUAAGAUCAAACAGCUAAUACUGUACAAGUUGCUAUGUACAGGGUUCCCACAAUCAAGGAAAAUCCUGGAAAAUCCUUGAAAAAUUUGUGGUCAUGGAAAGUCAGGGAAUUUGGAAAAUUUGUGAAAAGUCAUGCAAAAGUCGUGGAAUUGCAUUUACCUCUUGGCUAAUGGCUAUAGCAGCUUUCCAGUUUGUCGUGUCUCGCAACUCUCAUACUCUGAUCACACUCUGCUAUUAUAAUUGGUGUUCACGAUUUCCAUUUUCCCAGUUUUGUGACAUCCCAAAUUCUACAUAACUCCUGGGACGUCACGGGAAGUCAUGGAAAGCAGCAAUUUAGUCAUGGAAAAGUCAUGGAAUUCUGUUUUCAAUUUUCUGUGGGAACCCUGUGCUAAGAUUUGAAUGUUAAAUGAUAUUCCAGCAUACACUGUAAAUACAUUUGUGUACCCUUUACCAAGCCUAAAUACAGUCUUUAGGCAAAUUCAUCUCAGUUUUCUAUUGAAUUUUUUGGUAGUUA